AUGACUAAGUGCUGCGAGUUAGUUUUGGAUCCUGUUCUUCCUCCUCCUAAGAAAAAAAUAAGGUCGCUGCCCAAACUAAGCAGCCAGGACGAGGACGGGCACACCCCCCACACCCAAUUCAGUGGUGUGGCCCAUUUCGAGCCGAUCCCGCAUGACCACGACUUUUGCGAGAGGGUAGUCAUCAACGUGAGCGGCCUCCGCUUCGAGACGCAGCUGCGCACGCUCAACCAGUUCCCCGACACGCUGCUCGGCGACCCGGCGCGCCGCAUCCGCUACUUCGACCCGCUGCGCAAUGAGUACUUCUUCGACAGGAACCGCCCCUCCUUCGACGCCAUCCUCUACUACUACCAGAGCGGCGGGCGACUGCGCAGGCCCGUCAACGUGCCGUUGGACGUUUUCAGCGAGGAGAUCAAGUUCUACGAGCUGGGGGAGAUGGCGAUCAACAAGUUCCGGGAGGACGAGGGCUUCAUCAAAGAGGAGGAGAAACCCCUGCCCACCCCCGAGUUCCAGCGCAACGUGUGGCUGCUGUUCGAGUACCCGGAAAGCUCGCAGGCGGCCCGCGUCGUCGCCAUCAUCUCCGUCUUCGUCAUCCUGCUCUCCAUCGUGAUAUUCUGCCUGGAGACGCUGCCCGAGUUCAAGCACUACAAGGUGUUCAACACGACGACGAACGGCACCAAAAUCGAAGAGGACGAGGUUCCCGACAUCACCGACCCGUUCUUCCUCAUCGAGACCAUCUGCAUCGUCUGGUUCACGUUCGAGCUGUCGGUGCGCUUCCUCGCCUGCCCCAACAAGCUGCACUUCUUCCGCGACGUCAUGAACUUCAUCGACAUCAUCGCCAUCAUCCCCUACUUCAUCACACUGGCCACGGUGGUGGCGGAGGAGGAGGAUACGCUCAACCUGCCGCGGGCGCCCGUCAGUCCGCAGGACAAGAGCACCAAUCAGGCCAUGUCGCUGGCCAUCCUGCGGGUCAUACGGCUGGUGCGAGUCUUCCGUAUCUUCAAGCUGAGCAGGCACAGCAAAGGGCUGCAGAUACUGGGGCGGACGCUCAAGGCCAUCAUGCGAGAGCUGGGCUUGCUCAUAUUCUUCUUGUUCAUAGGUCAGUAUUGUUCGUCGCGAUCGUCUACUUCGCCGAAGCCGGCACCGAGCAGUCCUUCUUCAAGUCCAUUCCUGACGCCUUCUGGUGGGCCGUCGUCACCAUGACGACGGUCGGCUACGGCGACAUGAGGCCCGUCGGUGUGUGGGGCAAGAUCGUUGGCUCACUGUGUGCGAUUGCUGGCGUUCUGACGAUUGCGCUGCCUGUCCCUGUUAUAGUGUCAAACUUCAAUUACUUCUAUCACCGUGAGACGGAUCAGGAGGAGAUGCAGUCGCAGAACUUCAACCACGUGACCAGCUGCCCGUACUUGCCCGGCACAUUGGGUCAGCACAUGAAGAAGAGCUCGCUGAGCGAGUCGUCGAGCGAGCUGGCCGAGCUGGAAGAGGGCCUCAUGGCGACGCGCGACCAGCUGGCCAGGAAGCAGAACUGCAACCCGCGCCACAACAACAACAUCAACGCCAUGAGCAUCGAGACUGAUGUCUGA